GGGUUGCUAUGCAACGAGCAGAUUUGUUUGUAAACAGACCCAGCAAUGUCGUCCAGUUUCUCAGCAAACCAGUACGACGGUGCCUUCAAGCCCCAGAGGCUGCAGAACUGGUGUCAGCCGAAGCAAUAUAACAAGGUAUCCAGAGCUCUGAGUGGCAGCACCAUGUUUGUUGCAGAUAACAGAGGACAUCUCCUCCCUGGAAUGGGAAAGAGAGGCAGCGCUUGGCCUAACUUUAAAGGGACAUGGGAUCUACCUGCUCGUAUACCAGCGCAGAGAAUCAACCCCACUAGUCGCUCUGUGGAGGGUCUCAAAAGACUCAAGGCCUGGGGCUUGGACCCUCAACACACAGGCAACUCUGAGCCACAAAGUGGCAGGAGAAACACUGAUGCAUUACAGGAUGCCGGCAAGCAGAACACUAGGGGUGUACAGCAGGAUGGUGCCGUCUCAGCCUCCUUGCCCCCAUCUGUAGCAGAAGUCCGGCCAGCGUCUCACAGCCGCCCCAUUUCUGCAGACCGCAGAACUGGCAACCAGAACCAGGACACGCAGACAGCUGAGGUAUCAUCUGUCAGUCUGCCUGCCGAGGACAGACAAAAUGCUGGCGAUACCGUGACGAGCAGGCCGGAGAGCCAGAGAGCAAUGUCAGCUUUGAAGCCCAUGACACGAGAAGGGGAAACCGCAAGGCAUAAUACUAGUCCUGUUUCAGCCCUUUACCCCCAAAUGAAUUAAAAAAAAAAAAAAAGUAUAUGCAUAUUUCACAUCCAUCCAUCCAUUUUCUUUACCGCUUCUCCUCACUAGGGUCACGGGCUGCUGGAGCCCAUCCCAGCUAUCUUCAGCCGGGAGGCGGGGUACACCCUGAAUCGGUCGCCAGCCAAUUGCAGGGCACAUAGACAAUUUUCCCCUUUAACUAAAUUGGGAUGAUUGUACUGAUAGACCAGAUCAAACUACUACUAUAUAAAUUUGAUUUUUUUUAUUUUGAUUUUUCAAACGGUCUUUUCAAUGUACCUCUCUGGUCUGUCAACUUAACACCUCUCCAUUUAGAAUGCCUUUAAGAAUUCUUUAGUCAUCAAAUUUUGUCAAAGUAUUGUCAGAACAAAACAGGCGCAAUGUUUUACAUGGCAAUUUAGUAACUCCUAUUUAUGUGUUUCCAAAUUAAAUGAUAAAAAAUUACAUUUUCUUUCACACCCAACAAAAAUUAGACAAGACGAGCACAACUGUAUGGCCAGUGCAGUAUGAUCAUGUUAAAUAUGAUCUACAUCUGUAAAAGGAAAAAUAAAGCUCACUUUGCAAGGCCGUCAAGAGUUGACAUACUUGUGUGUUG